GUAAGCCUUCAUAUGCGAGUAGCUCGACGUUCCGUAGCCCUUGCGAAACCGAGUCUGUUUGUGCCUGCCUGCCCGAGUCGAAGCGCGACGGUGCGCGAGAGAAGUGAACAUGCUGCAGCACCUCCUGUUGGUCCUUGGCGUGGCGUGCGGGUGUUACGCGUCGGAAAGCCCCCUGCCCCGCUGCUCCGACCAGGUGUGCGCGAAGGAUCCGCACUGCGUGUACCACAGGGGCCGCUCGGUCUGCUGGAGUGUCGAGGACGCAGCUGACGAAGGUGGCACAUGCAGGUGUUGCCAGAACUGCAUUGCAGGUACCAACGUAUUCAUCGACGAAGAAUGCCACUCGGCGAUUCAGGGCUGCCAGACCUCCGAGUGCCCGAAGGUCAAAUGCACCUACGGUUCAUACAUUCCACUCUGUGACUGCUGCCAGAGUUGCAUCUCCAUAGAUUGCAAGCCCGAAGACCGCGACGAGUACUGGCCCAACUGCGCAGCCGUGAGCUGCGCAGCGUGCCCGGAGGGAACGACACCCAUCAGCAGUCCGUGCCGAUGCUGCAACGCCUGUGUGAAACCGCAGUCCUAAGACUUGCGUGCCAAUAAAUUUCUUAAC